GCGGUGCACACUGGGUUACUUUCAACAUGGCAGCCUCCAUUGGAAAACUCGUGCAUUAAGAUGAGAGUAUCUCAAACUUAAUUUUUCUGGCAUAUAAAGUUUAGAUUUAUGGACUAGCCAUGGCAGUUAGAAUUCAUUUAACAUUUUGCGUUCUUAAAUCAGUUCGCAACAAGAUGACAUCAUGCAGUUGUUUUAAACGAAAUAUAAGGUCGUUAGUCACAUUAAAUCGCGAUGUAAACAAUACAAAUAAAGGCGAAAUCCGUGCACGCAUUUUAGGCAUUGAAACAAGUUGUGACGAUACAGGUGCUGCUGUGGUAAACGAAAAAGGUGAAAUUAUUGGGAACGCAUUGCAUUCUCAAACUGAAACAACAGUCUCAUUGGGAGGCGUCUUACCUCAGUAUGCUAAAGCUCUUCAUAAGAAACACAUUGACACCAUCGUCAAAGAUGCCCUUCAAAAAGCUCAACUACACCCAAAGGAGCUUGAUGCUGUAGCGGUCACUGUAGAACCAGGCAUGCCAUUGAGCCUAGAAGUGGGACUGAGCUAUGCAAAACAGAUGGUACUGGAGCAUGGUUUACCCAUGAUUCCUAUACAUCACAUGGAGGCUCAUGCCCUAACAGCAAGAAUGGUUGAACAGAUAGAUUUCCCAUUCCUAGUGUUUCUAGCCAGCGGUGGUCACUGUCUGUUGGCUGUUGCUAGGGACGUUGACGACUUCUUGUUGCUAGGCAACUGUACGGAUUGCGCACCAGGCGACGCUUUUGAUAAGGUGGCAAGAAGACUGAAACUGAAGACUCUCCCAGAAUGCACUGGGAAGAGCGGUGGAGCAAUGAUAGAGCACCUGUCUCGUUGUGGAAACAGGGAUACAUUCAAUGCUCCCGACGUAUUUUUCAAGAAACGCAGCUGCAACUUUUCGUUUCACGGCAUCAAGUCGCACUAUAUGCGCUACAUUUUAGAAGAGGAGAGCAAACAAGGUAUCGAAGGAAGCGGGGUGAUUUCCAACGCUUCAGACCUCUGUGCCUCAUUCCAGUAUGCAAUUCUUCGACAUAUGUGCAGACCCUUACAACGGGCAUUGGUUUUCUGUGAUAACAAUAAUCUGCUGGCAGAAACAAAAACAGUGGUCUUAUCAGGAGGUGUGGCAUGUAACCGUUACCUGCGUCAUGGUAUAGAAAAAGUGUGUGUUACUCACGGGGCAAGACUGGUGGUCCCUCCCCCUGAACUGUGCACCGACAAUGGAAUCAUGAUAGCUUGGAAUGGUAUUGAGAAGUAUCUAUGUGGCAGAGGAUUUGUAGAUGACCCGCAGUCUGUCUGUUACCGGAACAGGUCCCCCCUAGGCACUGACAUAACAGAGGAAGUUACGAAAGCACACAUCAAAGUCAAGCUGAUUGAUCUCGGAUUGUGAUUGUACUAACAAUGGAAAAUACAAAUGACAUUCUAUGAAUUUGCUUGAGAUAGAAAUGUGGACAGGGUGUAUGACAUAUUCAGUCUAAGUGUACAAAUUCUUUGCAAAUACUGAUAUCAUUUCUAUGUAUUUCAGAUUGUACAAAACCUGGUUUAUCCAUUUAUUUUCCCACUUUUCUAUGCGAAUAUAGAUAAAAUACAAGUAACAAUGUGUUUAGCGUAUACCGAUAACUAUUUGUAGUACAAAAAGGGCUGACUAGCUCAGUUGGUAGAGCGCAGGACUACAAAUUUGAGGAUCGUGGGUUCAAUCCCAGGUAGGCCUCAUAACCUGUGUGAGGAGUGGCCAUGAAAUCCAUUGUACAGACUUUCUCCCUUUAGCUCUGAUUCAAGUAGAGCAGUUGUUUGUUACUGGCAUAAGUAUGAGCACUGAGUACUGGUAAUCUAACUUAACCAGGCAAAGUGUGAAAGUGUUAACUGACCAAUGUGAUCUAACUGAAAUACUGUUCCAAAGGGCCAACCCCCAAACUAAACAAAUAAACUUACACAGUGAUUUAA